GUUUUGUUUUAUUACUAACUUAAUAUUCUACACUGUAGAACAGUGUAUACAGUAUUUCUAUUUCAAUAAUUAUAAUAUCAGAUAAAAUAUUAUUAUUAUCCUGCUGCAAUGGAAUCAGAGGGAGAAGAGUGUGGAAGCCACAGAGGAUCCAGCCCAGUCCAGAUGCAGCCAAACUACUUGGAUGGUCAAGGUCGAGACAACUCAAGGUCAAUGCCUCAUUCACAACAUCAAGGAACAGACAUGGACAACUGUGAUUGGCCAAUCCAUGAACCAGAUCAACAUCAAGUCAUCAAUGAAGUAAGGUAUCACAUCCAACUCAAUGUUGAUAAUCAGAAACAAAGUGUAUAUUUGGACCACAAUUACUCGAAACAUCCAAUUGAUAUAAUUCGGUUAAAACCAGAGGAACUAGUUGAAGGAGGAGAACAACAACUCAAGGUAGAAGUUGAAGUGAGAAGUGGAGAAAUAAAGCAAGAGAGUGACACCUGUUUGCGGAUUGAAAGCAUCUAUUCUCUUUCCUCAGAUAGGCCUAGACUGAACUUUGACUCCUCUGUAAUUGAACAAAUAAAAUUUGAAACUGAAGAAAUCAAGGAGGAACACACAUCCUUUGAAACAGACCAUUCACAUGCAUUGAUGCAAAUCAAAGGUUUUUCUCCUGAUGCAGUAUCUGAACAUUAUGGAAGUGAGAAUGUGUCAUCUGUAGUGGGUCGACCAUUAUUUGAGGAACAGGGAGGUUCAAGCUUCCAUAGGUCUAUUGAUGCAACUCCUGGAAACACUAUGAUGAAAGAUUCUGAAGAAGAUUGCAAUGAGGUGGACUUACUAAUCGAAAAUGCAAGGAAGAAUGUGAUUCAUGCAGAAAGUGAUAGUGAAUCAACAAAGUGUCAGUUGAGUGGUGAAGAAUUCAACAGCACAAGAGAAAUAAAUCUUCAUUAUAGAAAACACAUAGGUGGAAAACAUGCUUGCAAACUCUGUGAUUAUAAAACAACAAAGAAAUCAAAUCUUGUCAUUCAUCUAAGGACACACACAGGAAAAAGACCCUUCAGCUGUGAUUUAUGUGAUUACAAAGCAACACAGAAAUCAAAUCUCAUCACUCAUCUAAGGACACACACAGGAGAAAAACCCUUCAGCUGUGAUUUAUGUGAUUACAAAGCAACAACGAAAUCAUGUCUCAUCACUCAUCUAAUGACACACACAGGAGAAAAACCCUUCAGCUGUGAUUUAUGUGAUUACAAAGCAACACAGAAAUCAGAUCUCAUCAUUCAUCUAAGGACACACACAGGAGAAAAACCCUUCAGCUGUGAUUUAUGUGAUUACAAAGCAACAACGAAAUCAUGUCUCAUCACUCAUCUAAUGACACACACAGGAGAAAAACCCUUCAGCUGUGAUUUAUGUGAUUACAAAGCAACACAGAAAUCAAAUCUCAUCACUCAUCUAAUGACACACACAGGAGAAAAACCCUUCAGCUGUGAUUUAUGUGAUUACAAAGCAACACAGAAAUCAGAUCUCAUCAUUCAUCUAAGGAUACACACAGGAGAAACACCUUUCAGCUGUGAGUUCUGUGACUACAGAGCAAAACGUAAAUCAUAUCUCAUCACUCAUCUAAUGACACACACAGGAGAAAGACCUUUCAGCUGUGAGUUCUGUGACUACAGAGCAAAACGUAAAUCAAUUCUCAUCUCUCAUCUAAGGACACACACAGGAGAAAGACCUUUCAGCUGUGAUUUAUGUGAUUACAGAGCAAAACGUAAAUCACAUCUCAUAAUUCAUCUAAGGACACACACGGAAGAAAGACCUUUUAGCUGUGAGUUCUGUGACUACAGAGCAAAACGUAAAUCAAUUCUCAUGACUCAUCUAAUGACACACACAGGAGAAAGACCUUUCAGCUGUGAUUUAUGUGACUACAAAGCAGCAACGAAAUCAUCGCUUACUAGACAUCUGAAUACACACAAUGUAGAAAGAUCUUUUAGCUGAUAUCUUUGUGAUUACAAAUCAACAAUGAUAUCAAAUCUCGUCACUCAUCUAAGGACAGACACAGGAGAAAGACUCUUCAGCUGUGAUUUAUGUAAUUACAAAACAAUAAAGAAAUCAUUCCUCAUCACUAAUCUAAGGACACACACCGGAGAAAGAUCCUGAUCAUACUUGAAUUGCAUUGCCCCUUUCUCUCUUUAUCUGUCUGUCAUUGUCUACCAUGUGGCUAGCUUUACUCCUACCACAGCUGCACAAAACAAUUCUGUGGUAUUCAUAGAAAACCAGACACUUUCAUUUUUCAGUCAUGAAAUUCUUCUUCUGUCAAUAUCAUUGAAAUAUGCACUGUCAUAACAGUGAUGUUCAGGCUACUUCUGCUCCUUUAAAUUUUACAUUUAUCUCCUGUCAUUGUUCCUUCUAAAGUUUAGUUUUUUCAAUUAAUACAGUAUUCUCCAGUUAUCAGAGAUGAUUCGUGAUUUUUUUGGUGGUUUGGUUUUCAUCUCAUCUAAAUUCUGGUUUUCUAGUUUAUAUAAUCAUAUAUUUAGGACCAAAGAUUGAACAAAACUUAUUGAGUGAUAAACACAACCUCCUUUGUACUGUUUCUAUGCAAAUUUGAGAAAGGAACUGUUUUGGAUAAGAUAUAAAUUUCCAAUAAUAAUACCUCUAUUAUAUAAUGCUUCAAAUUAUACAUUUCAAUUUAUUCUUUCUUGUUCUAUUCCUGACAUGUUUGACUUUACUCACAUUCAUAAGUUUAUUCAUUCAUUUGUUUCUGUAUUGUGAUUUUUAUAUUGAGGAUGUACAUUAAUACUUAAUAGCUGUUAGCCCUCAAACUUUAGUUCCACAGGCAGCUCCUUAUGUGUUAUUUCGAUUUACCAAGUUACUUGUUUGAGGAUUGAUUGUUAUUUUGCUGAACUUUGUAUUAUGUAUUAUUAUUUUUAUUAUCAAAGCGAAAUAAAAUUUUAUUUGAUUUAUAGUUGAUCCAAGGUA